AAAAAGACAUUCAAUGUUGUUCAGUAUAUAUACUUACUUUGACUCCAAGAGUCUUCAAAACCGCCUGUCUAUCAAAAUACACUUACCAAAACGAGGAAUCACAGACUGAAUCCCGUUUAAUGACUCGUCUAGUUUGUUUCGGUCACAGUCCAAGUGAAAACAAAACUAAAGAUCAUCGAACCAGGUGAACAAAUAUAGUGGCUGGGUCAUCAGCUACAGGCAAACAACAGCUUCGUUCCCCUCCUAUGUGCUGGGGAAAUGUAUCAUCAUGUCAGUGGACACGUAGAUGUCAACAAACCAAGAACACGACCUAAACAGCACUGGAACUAGUUAGCAAGUUAGCAGCGGACCUGUCACCAGCAGGUAGGCUGGUUAGCUCCAGAGGGCGCCGCGGCUAACUAACCAGCAGAGAUUAGCGGCUAACCGCGACGAGCUCAACCACAACGGUGUCUUCGAGAAAUUCAGGAUAAACAUCACCAGCGUCAGCAGGUUGCCCCGCUAUGUGAGACACAGAGCCUCCCACCGUCUCCACAGUGACCCAGCAGUCUUGGCCUCUUCACUUCUGCUGCUCUCACCGCCUGACCUCAGAUGAGCAGAAACCGGAUGACUGACCAGAAAGCCGGUCUCCUCCACCAGAGAUAAUGGGAAUAGAGAUGAAGGAAAACGCCAUUAUUUCUCACCUGCGGGCCAAAUAUGCGGAAAAGACCUGGAAUGAGACGUUUCAGCUGGUCAGAAGAUGCAUGGAAAAAUCCCGAGAUGAAUCGACUCCUUGUGAGCCGCUGGUUCGAUCCCUGGAACGUCUCCAGGAAGCCUUUAAUAUGUCAUCCACAAGUGCAAUGAGGUCUCGUCUGGAGAACACAGCCAAACGUCAGGGGAUGGGCUUCCACACCUCUGAGCACACGUGUUACCUCACGUCUGAUCUGUUCUACCUGGAGGUGGUGCUGCAGCAGCAGCAGGGCGAGGUGGAAGACGUGAAGGUGGCCACCCACGGAGGGAUCCCUGUUUCCAGUGAGUCUUUUCUCCAGCUGCUCAGGUCCAAGAACUUUGCUGAAUUCUCCAACAAACUAGCUUCCCUCCACGCUCAGUACAACUUCCCUGGAGACAAUGAGACCAAACUGAAAGUGUUUGCUGCGCUACAGUGUCUGGGCAAAGAUCUGGCAGAGAUUUCCCAACUGCCAAGGGUUCCAGUGGACAGCAGUUCACAAAUGGACGUCAUCAGCCAUGGCUUGAUUGGCCGGCUAAUAGCUGGCAAGGAAGAUUGCCCAUUGACAAUUGAGUUCUCUGAGAGUCCAGCUGAAGACAAGAGCCAGAGUUUGGAAUCCUUCACGCAGCGCGCCCAGGUGGCUGUGGCCGAGAGCUGCACGCCUCGCCAACUCCAGAAGGCCUCGACGAUCCUGAAACCUCUGCAGCUGGAUCCACACGGACUCCCAGUGUUCCUGCCCAUGACUGAGGUCCCACAUGAGAUAUUACCUGCUCGUUUUCUGCUCAAACUGCAGCCUCCAGUACCAAUGUUGAGGUUUUCUGUGGAGAAAAUCCACCAGAUAACAGAUGCACUGGCGGAUCUUGACCUGCGGUCGGCGCCAUUUCCCUCCCUUCUGAGGCGAGGUCACCUGGGUUCAACUGCUCAGGAGGACACGGAGGAGCGUGACAGUGUUUUCUCCACGCUGCUUCCCUGUGGGACGACGCACAGGUACGUUUUCCCUGGGGCAGUGUGGGAAAUGCCCAGCAAGAGGGGCACCAUGAUGGAGAGCGUUCCCUUCUCCCUGCCAAGCCACGUCCCACCUGUGGUCAAGCUGCUGCGACACCAGUGUUUCAUUAAUGCCUUGCUGAGGAGCUGCACGUGCCCUGUUGCAGUUUCAGCCCCCGACCUUCACUUUGAGGUCUUUUUGGAGUCUGACACCAGCUUCUCUGUCACCUUCCACUCGCCUGACACCGACUCCCUUGCUGUCUUGCUCGUGAGUGUUCCUGAUGAUCACCACAUUAGUUGCCGCUUGUUUGGAACAAGAGAACAGGACCUUUCCCUGGAGGAGCAUCUGUCCAGCAUGAUGAGCAGGUCCAUGUCCGUCCCACUGACGCUGCAGGCGCUCUACGUCAAGCUGGCCGCCCGUGCUCCGGUUUCGCCCAUUUGCUCGACCGCAGCACAAAUCCCAAAUCGCCCGUCGGAUCUCUCCGGCACCAGUGUGACGGACACCAACAGCGUCUCGACCACAGCGGCCCGGAGCGCAGCUGUGCCAAGGGACUGUCCCGCUCCCGGCUCCUGCAGCAAGUCGGUGCUCGUGCCCGAAAUAAACGCUGCCGACACCCCCGCGCUUCCUCCCCCUCUGCCUCCCCUGGGUGUGCUUCCACUCUGGAUCUCCAGUAAUGACCAACUGCCCCAGCUCCUCUAGAUUUCAUUAGGUUUGUGUUGGUCAAUAAAGCAACAGAGCAUCUUUUUAUCGACUUUUAUCCUCCAGUUCUCAUGGAUCCCGCCUGACGCAGGCCACCGUCACCCAGACAGUCAAUCAGGCGGGCCACAUGGACACUAACAACCAGUCCUAGCUUGGCGCUGCAUUCCAGCGUGGCACAGAUUGCUGGUUGUAAAGGAUUGAGGUUUUGGCGUUUGACCCGACUCAGACAGCCAAGAAGCCAGAUGAUUGGUAGCGUACAAGCCGACGCUGCCUGAAUACAUUACUCAAUUCUGAAAACUCAAGCGUAAACACAGAGCUACAGACAGUGGCGAGGGACUACUGCUGUUGGACGCUUUACUGGGGAGUUCUCACGACUCACUGUGCUGAGUCCUGAAGCAACUCGAUGUCAACGUUGUGGUCCUCGGAGUUGGGUUCACACAGUGGUCCAUUUGAACUGGCAAAAGAGCUGACAAGAAGGAAACGGCUUGUUACAUGGUCAUACAUGCUGGCGAUGGGCCCAUGAGACCUCAUGAAACCACUAUUUCAGAGCUCACUAGGUGGCGCCACUGGUACCUCCUACACUUAUUAUAUAUAAUUUUUUGAUAGCUCUGCAUGGACAGUUUCAUGAAACCUCAUCACAAACGCUCUACAUUUCAAUCAGAUCUCUCCGGAACUAGGGGUCCCUGAACCGAGGUCCCCACAAAGAGACAUACAAACGUGUGUGGGAGUGUGCGUUUAAAAUAAAUACAUCCGAAAAACUUAUCUGUCCAAAUGACCUACACCUUCUGAGACUUCUGAGGUGAUCUCAGAGCUCAGUUUUGAUCCAGAGGAUCCAUGAGGCAUGGCAUGACUUCUCCUCCAAUGUCACAAGUCCUGCCUCCUUCCGAGUGCCUCACAUUGUUCUGCACAUGGUGUAGUUCUCAGUCGGAUUAACGUGGAUUGUCCACUCUGAGUUGGGCCUGAUUUGAGGAGCUCUCAGGGUCUUGUUCUCAAAUUAGACUGAGCUGAGAUCUUCAGUCUUGAGGAUCACUUGACACCGAGGGUGUUUGAUGAGUCUGUGGUGUUGAUGUAACGUCUUUAAGUGAAGCACAAGUGACGGCGGAGGGAAAACCCCGGACGUGUUGGGGUGACCUUGAAAUACCUCAGUAUUACCCCUGAAGCUGGAGAUGGUUUCCAGUGAGAGGGAAGUCUGGGCAUCUUCACUCCAGGUGCUGCCCCCGUGACUCUUAAAUAGAGAGCAAAUACAGCUGGAAUCAUUCGCUCAAUAUUUUAUUAAAUAAAGCUUCAGUUACAAAAAGACAAAAUGCUUCAGCAUUUUCUUCUCAGUCUGAUUUCUCACGCUUGGAACCAGCGUGUUCAAAAGGUUGCCAUGACAACAGGCUGAGAAAAUAUUUCACCGAUCGUGUAAAACAAAACACUUUUUAAAUGAUCUUACCUCAUACU